CUCUCGCAAGCAAAGGAUAAAGCGCAGUUGGUGUGUGUGGUUAAAAAACGAACAAGACAUCGAGAGAAGAAAGCAAAAAAAAACCCCAAAACAAUCAAAACACCAAAUCGGAGCUCCCUUCACUAAUGGCGACAGGAGUGAAAGUGUACGGACCACCAUUGUCGACAGCAGUGUCGAGGGUGCUAUCUUGUCUUCUCGAGAAAGACGUCCAAUUUCAGCUCAUCUCCAUCAACAUGGCCAAAGGCGAACACAAAAAAGCUGAUUUCCUCAAGCUCCAGCCAUUUGGACAAGUACCAGCAUUUCAAGAUGAGAGCAUAUCCCUCUUUGAAUCCAGAGCCAUAUGUCGGUACAUAUCGGAGAAGUACCCCAACCAGGGAAACAAGGGUCUGUAUGGGAUGAACCUGUUAGAAAAAGCUUCAAUCGACCAAUGGUUGGAGGCUGAAGGUCAGAGCUUUAGCCCUCCAAGCUCUGCACUCGUGUUUCAGCUAGCAUUUGCCCCGCGAAUGAAGAUCAAGCAGGAUGACGGGCUGAUCAAGCAGAAUGAAGAAAAGCUCUUGAAAGUGCUUGAUGUGUACGAAAAGAGGCUUGGCGAGAGUCGUUACUUGGCGGGUGAUGAGUUCACUUUGGCUGACCUCUCUCACCUACCCAACACACAGUACUUGGUGAAUGCGACCGAUAGGGGAGAGCUCAUCACUUCAAGGAAGAAUGUGGGUAGGUGGUGGGAUGAGAUAUCAAGCCGAGAAUCAUGGAAGAAGGUGGUUGAAAUGCAGAACCCGCCACCUCCGCCAAGUGCUUGAAAGUCACAAAAUUCUGUGCCAAUAAAUUUAUCUCUUUCUUUGUCUUCCGUCUUAUUACACUUUUAAUUAUUAGAUUAUAUUUUGAAAUUUUUAUGUAAUCUAAUAAUUGAAAGUGAAUUGAGACAGGAGACAGAGAGAAUCAGGAGAUUGUUGGCAUGCUUGAAAUGGGUUGGUGCUGCUUUUGUUGUUAUGGCUUUGGGUGAGUGCUUGGGUUUUUUAGAUUACUUUUUGCUACUUGUUUGCUUCACUAGUGUUGUUGUGUUCUAUUAUGCAAUUGAUGACAAAUGUGUAACACUUGUUUAAAGUGUAAGCUUCUACUAAAAGCUUUCUUUCAUGCUUGAAA